AGCGUGACUUUUAGCAGUGACCCAUCGCGGACUCAUCGCGGAAAUUCAUCACGUGGGCAGCUGGGGUUUCCAAGCUUUCGUAGGCAUAUUUCAAGCGCUUAGUGGACCGGUGUAUCAGCGCUUCUUAGUUUCUUUCAGUUAAGCUAAAGCCACACCGCGUUUGCGAUGACAGUAGGCAACGGCACAGGUAUAAGUAAUGGGGCGAACGGCGAUGGAGAUGACUUCCGGAGCCACGAGUCAGGAAUUAAAGUGGAACUAGGAGGGAUUGAGGCCGAGGCACAGGACAUCCAGAACGCGCGCAUUUACCAUGAUCACCAUUUCGAACAUGGUAUUCGCGUUACAGCAGAUGAAGCGACUGGCCCUUCCCGCAAAGCAACUGGGAUGCUGGGAAUGCGGGCGUCUGCCAACAUUGAUGCGAACGCUGGCGUGAAGAGUAUUGGGGCGGUGUCACUUGGAACGCCGAUGCCCAAAUGGCCCGCGGGACAUCAGAGCGCUGCUUUCGAGGCUGUGGCUGUCAAAAAGAGCUUCAUCCUAUCGCCGGCGGAGAUUUACGCGGAGUGCGCGCACCACGGCGAGGAGAAGUCCAAGUUCCCCUGGUACAAGAUCUGGACACUCACCAUCAUUGCUGGUUGCUAUGUGGGUUUCGGUUACAGCACCUGUCUCCUCAUCGGCGGCAACCUGAAGCAGGCACCCGGUGUGGGCAACGAGACGGACUACAACUACGGCCUGUUCAAGCUCGUCUACGGCGCGGUGGGCUUCCCAUUCGGCUUCACCACCAUCGUGGUGUGCGGUGCGGAGCUGUACACCAGCCUCUGCGCCUACAUGACAGCUGCGUGGUGGGAGGGCAAGGUCGGCAUCCUGGACGUGUUGCGCAUGCUGGCCAUCUCCUGGACGGGUAACUUCAUUGGCUGUGCGCUGAUGGCGGGGCUGCUCAAGGCGGGUGAGGUAUUCGACCACAAGGACACCACGCUGCUUAGGCAGGUGCACGACAAGCUCAGCCAUGGAUGGGGGGCGGUGCUUGUCAAAGGUAUAUUCGCCAAUUGGCUGGUUGGUAUUGCCACGUGGAUGGCCAACGCCGCACAGGACCUCACGGGCAAGGCUGUGGGCAUCUGGCUGCCCAUCUCCGCAUUUGCCAUGAUCGGCUUUGAGCACUGCAUCGCCAACAUGUUUCUGUUCGUCGUAGCUUGGUGUCAGGGUGACUAUAUCACCGCCAAACAGUUCAUCUGGCACAACCUCAUCCCCUCCACCCUGGGCAACUACAUCGGGGGCGGCAUCUGCCUGGCCACCGUCUACGCCAUCGCCUUCGGCUCUCCGCCAAGGAAACUGGGCAAUUGGAUCGACAAAAAGCUCAAGCGCAACUAGUGUAAGCACACUCCUUGCUGCGGCAGCAGCAACUUGGCGAGUAGUCACCGUAUCUAUUGCCUUCCCAGUUCUUUUAAUAUUCCCUCUCCAUCUCGGCAUUAUAAGUGAACAUUUAUUAUUCGCCUAUCCUGCCCUGUGGGUUUUGGUGGGCACCAUCAGCGCGUGUGCAUCCAUGCAUGGGCUUAUUGCCCCAGUGCAGCAUCUUGCGGUUGCGUAGCAGUGACCUGCGCGGUUGCGACUGGUGAGUUAGAGGGAGGGCAGCGAGAGAAGAAAUGAGGCGAGCGGAUUCAGCUCAUUGAGUGAAGGGAGCCAUGCAGUGCAUCUCGUCGAGAGGAAUGAACACCGUCUGUGGCUGCUUGCAUGAGAUCACACCU